AUGCGCCCACAAAUCGUUGGUGUACGCACAGCACAAUGCUUCGGUAGCGGGCUGUACUUGGACAAACUUCGUUAUAAGGCCUUGCGCGAAUCAAAUCAAAUGGUCCUGAGACUCCCCUUCACGAAGGUUGUGAACUCCGGUGUAUACCACCGAGAUUCAAAGUCUAAUAGUCCAUCUAAACAGCUCGAAGCAUGUUGGGGACUGAAAUGGUGCCCAAAAUUUUAUGCUCGAGGACCAAGUGAUUAUGACAUUGGGGUGUUGACUCCGGAUGGAAAAUAUGGCUCCUUAAAGAUUGGUGGCCCUCCACCCAUGGAGCAUGGAGUUCGGGUUGGCAUUGAAAUCGUAAAUCCGUCUACGAGCCUGUUCAGCACCAUCCACGAGGCUGAUGGUCAGCUUGGAUUCAGGAGACGCGAACUGCCUUCUUCACCAUCUUCGCACUUCAGCGUGACCACGCCUCCCGUGUCUAUCGCGCACGAGAGAACGCAAGAUCGACCUGAUUUGAUGUGUUUUGAUGUCACUCCCGCUCAUUCCUCGUUGUCUCUGAUUGCGCCAGGAAGAAUGGAGGGGGCGCUGCCCAUACACUCAGAGCCCUAUACAUCAGAGCUCUCAUAUGCUCUGCUUCCGGGACCUUCCCCGCACUCGUCGCAGAGCUGUGGUGCCCCAACAGUUGGGACGCCCCAGCAUUUACAUUAUCUAAGCCCACAAAUUCCGCCUGCUGUAUCGCAGGAUCCAGAUGGCCUGCUGUAUAGCGUAGCGCCGGAGGAUGGCGCCUCUCUAGAGCGCUUGGCCUCGGCUACGGCAGAUGCGCAGGCGUAUCUACCCCCAAAUACCAUCAACAUCCAUUCCACUCCACAGGUUUAUGUCAUGACUACUAUGCAAACCCCGCAAGCGGCUUUGCUAGAUUCAUGGAACAACCUCGAUUUCUCCCCUGGGUCGGCGACCCCAAUGACAUGUUCAACGUCGUUCAGCACUGACUCCAGUUUGAUUGGAGAAUUCGAGCAGUAUCACGGCCCGGGGGUUGCAACUCCGAUGACAUGUUCAACGUCGUUCAGCGCUGACUCCAGUUUGAUUGGAGAAUUCGAGCAGCAUCAUGGCCCGGGAGUUGCAACUCCGAUGACCGAGUUAAUGGGGAUGGACAUGGAAAAUUCUCCACAAUCCAAUCGCCAGGCAGAGGCAGCGAUGACGGACGAGUACUGGCGGCUGAGUCGGACUCUCUCUCGUUCCUCACCGAUGCAUUACUCGAGAGGGUUAUCUCCUAUCGAUAUGAUGCUUUUCAUGGCACCUUCGCUUGCUGAAGCGACUAGGCAGCUACUCAUGCUGCUGUUCAACGCAUUCGAUGCUUCUAUUUCUGCUAUUUCCAAUUAUCUGGCACACACGACGUACCCUCAAGGUGCUGCGCCACGUUGUGUCCUCACACACUUGUUCAAUGGGCAUGGCUGGCCAUGCACGUCCGUCAGUCCCUGGACACAAUCAAAACAAAACGACCCUUGA